UUGGCUUAUAAGGAGCACGUGCUCAAGCCAUUGAACGACAGAUUGCCAUCUCCUUCUUGAAACAACUUUGACAACAUUCGGACUCUCGUGGCUGAGGAAAGCAUGAGUGGUACAGAAAUAGAUUCCAUUAACUAGUCGUCUCUUCAUAAUGGCUAGUCAAGGUGAUGGAGAGGUGUGGUACUCGCAUCCGGUUUACACCCGAUACUGGCAGCACUACCAGCAGGCCAUGAGCUGGCACCAGAGGCAUAAGCGGGCAUACAGAAAAGCUUUGGAGGCUGGCUACUUCCAGACACUGUAUGCCAUGUACCCCUCUGCCAUCCAGCGAUACUCGGAUUGGCAUGCAGACGAGAGCUGGAGGAACACUCACAGAGACAGAACGACAGGUAGAGAAGAAGAAAGGGAGAAUGAGACCACUGAUUCAGACAGUGAGCUGGAGGAGCAGAGUUCGGAUGAGAGUCAGAUCGAGUGUGACGUCAGUAACAUGGACAUCUCAGAAGAGCUGCGACAAUACUUUGCCCAGACAGAGCGUCACAAGCAGGAACUCAAGAAACAACAGCAGAUGGAGGCAGAGCAGCAGGACUCGUAUGUUCUAGCUGACCAAGACAUGCACAGAGUUUCCUGGCGCAGCAGCCUGCCUCCUUCAGAGCGUCCAGGAGAAAGGAGGACUGCGGAGAUGAAGAAGCUGUAUGGUAAAGAUGCAGCAAAGAUUCAGGGGAUGGAAGCAGCCAUGCAGCUCACCUUUGACCGCAACUGUGACAAAAAACAGCCCAAGUACUGGCCUGUUAUACCACUAAAUCUGUAGGACGAUCAGACCCCAUCAUUAGUAUGCCUGGCACAACAAUGCUGACAGUACUGUAGUGAUGCAUCAAAUCCGCAUCUGUGAGGACCUUUCGCAUAUAUAGAACAAACACUUUAGCAUU